UCUUCAUCUCUCUCUCUCUCUCUCUCUCUCUUCUUCUCUCUCCUCUUCUGUCUCUUUGUCUGUGCUUUGAUCUGUUCAUCAUAGUAAUUCCCCAGACAUUUUAGUUCUGUUCAGAAAGCUCUGAUCUCUAGAAGACCCCAUGGACCAUCAGCAAGUUGAAGACUCCAACAUUAUUGUACCUCCUGUCAGGGUUCAUGUCAUGGUUAUUGAUGAUGAUGCUACUUCUCUUGCUAUUGUUUCAAGCUUGCUCAGAGCCUUGAAUUAUGAAGUCUCUUCGUUUUACGACCCGAUUCGAGCUUUGUAUACACUUCGGGUGGGGAAGCAAUCUUUUGACCUAAUUUUGACGGCUCUCUACAUGCCAAAGAUGGAUGGUUUUGAGCUAACAAGGAGAGUGAAUGAAGAAUUCAAGAUCCCUGUGAUUAUGAUUUCGACCGACGAUCGAGAAAACGUCAUGGUUAGAGCUAUCGAAGAAGGCGUUGUACUUUACUUAUUGAAACCCUUUUCUUCAAAUGACCUAAGAAACAUUUGGCAAUUUGCUAUAAGUACCAAAUCAAGAAGUAUACCAAACACGAACUUGUAUACUCCAGAAACCGGAAGCCAUGGGGUUAGAUUUCGAUCGAUCGAAUCACAACCAGUCUCGUCUUCGAAAGGAGUAGUGUCGGGAAGAAAGAAGAAGAAGGAUUCGAAAGGAAAAAAUGGGAAUCAAGAGAAAGUUAUUGAUAAAAAAGAAUCAAACCCUAUGAAAAAGAAGGCAAAAGUGGUUUGGACAGAUUUCCUUCAAUAUAAAUUCCUACAUGCUGUUCAUUUCAUUGGAUUAGACAGAGCUGUUCCAAAGAAAAUUCUUGAAGUCAUGAAUGUUCCUGGCUUGACGAGGGAAAAUGUUGCUAGCCAUUUACAGAAAUACAGAAUUUUCCUUAGAAAAGUGGCAGAGCGUUGCAUGAUCUCAUCCGACAAGACAACUGAAGAAAUCAUUUGGUCUAAAUUCCUCUCCCGACAUGCUUCAUUUGUGUUAGAAAAAAUCCAACAAAAACGCUCCUUCAAUCUCAAUUCUUCUCAAAACCCUAAUUUCCCUCCUUUUCCCAACCGUGAUCAAUGUUCAAACCCUAACAAUGGCGACCGUUGCCGCUUCACGAACGGACAGUUGAGUUUCGCUAAGAAGCUCCCACUUUAUAAUAUAGGCCACACGGCGAGUUUUACGAACAACGUCGAUCCAUUGCCAAUGAACGUCGACAAUAAUGCUCAAGCUUUCAACUUUUCUGGAUCCCAAUUCCAAAAUUCUACUCCUUUUCAAGACCCUUAUCUCGGUUCGAGCUUCUCGAGCAAUAACAUUUACCAUGGUGGGUCCUCGGUAGGCUUAAACGGAGAAAUCUCGACGACCCAGAACAACGUUUCGAACGGAAAUUAUGUAGGUUUUGAUGGAAAUUAUGUAGGGUUUGGAUUUGGAGGAGAUCAUAACAGCUACAAUUGGGGUUUAAUGUGCAAUAAUAAUGAUAUCAACUUCGGUGGAGCUUCUCAGGGCACAAUGAGCCAUUCAAAUCAUGCUCUCGAUAAUAAGGUUAAUGGCCAAGAAGAUUCUGGAUUUUUGCCUUGUCUUUAUCCAUCGGAGAGCUUUGUUCAUAAUCAAAUCCCUAAUCAACAACAAGACAGUGUGGGUUUCAUGAAAGAUCAAAGUAAUCAGCUCAAUAACAUGUAUAUUACAGAUGAUGAAAGUUCUACAUUUGAUCCUUUAUCCAUUGAUGAUCAGGUUUUGGAUGAGUUCUUGGGAUGGCUGCUCGUAAAUGAUACCUUAGCACAUGUGUAGCUAUGGUGGAUCUAAAGCCUUCAAUGGAUUAAGAAGUGAACUUUUCCUUUUGUUGUUGAGUACUUGAAUCAACUGUGUUGUUCAU